UUAAAGUAACGUAAAGAUGCCAAGUAUACGUGGCGCUUAUAUAGGAAGCAAUAGCAUGUUGAGAUCCGUUGCUGGAAGGAAUUGGUCGGUAAAUUACCAAUUUAUUUACAUUGACAGUAUUUCAUAUUCAAAUGAUGCCGAAAGUAUGGAAUAAAUCCGUAAACGGACGAGACGGUAUGGUAUCGUCGGUAGUUAUGUGAGUGUAUGUCGGAAUUUUUUCAAAGGUGAGCAGAAAGGAAAACAUUCACUUAAAUGAAAUUCUCGCUUUUAUAUUUUUCAGCCAUUUGUUGCGAUUUUGCAUCUAACGUCAGUUGGAUGAACAGUUGAAAAGACUUAUUAAAAUAGUGACAUGUCUUCAGAGAUCCGAAUAGACAGUUGGAUUUAAGAAAGGUGGACUAUUGCUCCUUUUCAUUAGCAUGGCUUGGAUAUACAAUUGACUACUGUGUUUGCCUUUACAUGGUAGCAUCGCAUCUACAGUUGGCAUGAAUUUUUAGUUUUUCUAUAUUUGUUUGUUUAAAAGAAGAUUUCUCUUUUUUUAUUGUUAUAAGAUAUUUCAAGCAUCGCUCUUGGAUUUACUCUUUACUCUUGGGUCGAGAAAUUAUUCUACAGAAAAAGCAAACUCUUUCUCACCAGCUAGCGUUUCUGUUGUAUCGCACCUGUUGCAAUUUUUUCUGAGUUCCGAAUAUAAAUUUUUGAAUAAUUAUAAAAUGACCAUGAUUAACGAUGAUGUUUCGAAAGAAUUAGGAAAUUAUAUGUUACGAGGAUAUACUCUUCUCGACACUGUUUGUCCUGAAUGUCAAAAGGUUCCUAUGAUGAGGUUGAGAGACCAACCCAUGUUUUGCGUUGCAUGCAUUGACAAACCAAAACCAGAGCAAUUGAAAGAAGAGGACUUAACACUACAUGAACCAUCAUUAUUAGAAAGCUUUCCUCAAGGACCUGAUACUGUACAGCAACAAAAGGGUUCUUCUUCUCGGACAAACAUUGAAACUCAACAAGUUCAGAUGAAUCAAUCUUCUCAAAGAAAGCGAGAAUCCGUCUAUGUGAAGCUUGCUGAUGAGCUGGAAUCUCAGCUGGAAGAUUUCCUGCCAAUUCCUCACGAUGAAUCUCGAGAAGUCGCCUUCCAACAAAUUGAACGUAUUCUCCAGCUCAUUGAACUCACUAAAAACUUACAAGCCAAAAAGUAGUUUAUUACUUUAGACGAAAAAUAAAAUUAUGAUUCAAAAAUGGGUUCAUUUUCUCGUUA